CAAGCGACUUCUAAUGUCAGCGGCAAACAAGUGCUUUGCAAAAAAUCUUACGCAUGCAAUAUAUAAAGAAAGAUGAAAAUAAAGAGACAUAAGCAUAUUAGGAAAGUUUUGACUUUCUACAGUAGUAAUUUUGGAUUUAGGCCACCAUACAAUGUUUUGAUUGAUGGAACAUUUUGUAAGGCUGCCCUGAAGUUUAAAGUCAACAUCAGUGAACAGCUACCAAAGUAUUUAGAGGCAGAUACUAAAAUGUGGACUACACAAUGUGUGCUUGACGAAUGUGAAGCCUUUGGUUCAGUAUUAUAUGGUCCUCUUAAAGUAUUGAAGCAGUUUAAAUUACAGCCAUGUAACCACAAGUCAACUUUAUCAGCAUCUAAAUGCAUUACAAGACUGAUUGGCAAAAAGAAUAAAGAAAAGUUAUUCCUUGCAACACAGGAUAAAAUGUUAAAUGAUUGGUUUAGAACAAAAGCUGGCACACCUAUGCUUUAUAUAGCUUUCAAUACAAUAACUCUGGAACCACCAUCAGACAAAUCAAAAAUGAAAGCAGAAAGACAAACCGAUGCUAGAAUUGCUCCUUCAGAACAUGAGCAUACCAUCAUAAAACAGCUGAAAGUGGAAGCAUUCGGUGAACAAGAAGUAAAGAAAAAGAAACACAAAAAGUUAAAAGGGGCUAAUCCCCUGUCUAUGAAACCAAAAAGGAAAAGAAAGGAAGGAGAACUCUCAAAAUCUCAGAAGAAAAAGUUAAAGAGAAAACAGAAAGAACAUUUAUCAAUAGAAAAUGGUUAAAUUGUUUUUUUGUGUUUUAGUCUUUUUUCCUACAAUGAAAUUCAAUACAUUGAAGCAUGGUUUUGGUUUAUACAAAUGAAUUAAUGAAUCUAUUAUUUUCAAUCAGUCCAUCUUACAAAUAUAUGUCAAUUUCCUGUCAUAUUUUUAUGCCCUAUCUAGGAUAGAAGGGGGACAUAAUAUUUUUUAUGCCCCCACCGUAGGGGAGGGGGCAUUAAGUUUUACCCUUGUGCUUCUGUACGUACGUACGUACGUCCCAAAAUUGGUUUCCGUUCUCUAACUUGAGUUUGCCUCAACCAAAUGUUAUGAAACUUAUACACAAUGCUAAUUACCACAAAACACAGAUCAAGUUUGAAUUUUGGUGGCUUCACUUUAACCGUUCUAGAGUUAUGCUCCUUUAUAAAUGGAAAAGUUGCAAAAUUUUUAGUUUCCAUUCUCUAACUUAAGUUUGCCUCAACCAAAUGUUAUGAAACUUAUACACAAUGCUUAUUACCACAAAAUACAGAUCAAGAUUGAAUUUUGGUAGCUUCACUCUAACCGUUCUAGAGUUAUGCCCCUUCAUAAAUGGAAAAAUUGCAAAAUUUUUAGUUUCCGUUCUCUAACUUAAGUUUGCCUCAACCAAAUUUUAUGAAACAUAUACACAAUGCUUAUUACCACAAAAUAAAGAUCAAGUUUGGAUUUUGGUGGGGUCACUUUAACCAUUCUCGAGUUAUGCCCUUUAUAAAUGGAAAAAAUGCAAAAUUUUUAGUAAAACACAGAAUAAGCUUGAAUUUUGGUGGCAUCACUUUUACUGUUCUAGAGUUAUGCCCCUUUAUAAAUGGAAAAAUUGCAAAAUUUUUAUUUUCUUCUAAAUAUUAAUUUAUUUUUUAAAUUGGAGUUAUCUUCCUUUGUCCAUGAUUAUAGUUGAAUCAACUACAAUCAAUGCUUUAUACAAUGCAAUGUUUAAUUUUUACUUCCACUGAUAAAAUACAGAUCAAGUUGAA